UUUAGAAAAAAAUGAAUGCUUGGCACUGUUCUUUUAUCUCAUUUCCACCUCUUAAACCACCAUCAUUAGGAUUCACUAUUUUAUUUAGGAAAGCAGUUUCCCCCUGUUUUCUUGACAUAAUUUGCGGCAGUAUAUUGCUCAGAGCAAAGGCCAGAACGUUCUACACCUUAUGCAUUUGCUAGUUAAAAUCUGGGGCUUGGGGGUAGAAUUUGUGGAAUUUUGCGUUCUGUUGCUUGGCAACUUUAAGAGAGUUAAGCCUAUACAUUCUGUGAGCAUCAGAGUUACAAAGUUUGGUGAGCCCAGUCAAUUAUUUCUUGAUACUAAAAAGAAAUUAGUUCUCCAUUAUGUAGAGGGCUUGAAAAGUUGUCAUUCAGAGCAGGGCAUCCGUAGCGAUGUCACACUUCUUCUACUUGACUCCACAAAUUAUUCUGCCCUUCAGCCCUCUCACCUCUCAAGAGUUCGAUCUGAUCAGACGCAAGGCUGGCAUAUCUUGGCAGAAUGAAGCAAGGUGGUCACAUUCCUCUGUGACGACAUAUGCAGGCAGUUACCGGAAAAAACAACUGGAUGAGUCCACACGCAGCCGAUUUUCUCUUAAAGCAGGACAGCAUUGGCCUGAGUGUAACCAGGUGUCAUCACCUCAUGGCUCUGCCUUCAGUCCCAGACUCUUCAGGACUGGUUCCCCAGAGUCUACAGAUGCUAAGGGACUAUUACCUCAUAUGACCAGUUCUUUCAAAAAUUCACAUGAUGUCAAGCACAGUGUGGCACACCAAAUUCUGUGUGGUGAUUUUUCUCCAGCACCUCCAAAUUAUGAAAAAUCAGGUAUGAGAAUUAAAAAGCCAGCAUCUAAGAAUCUGAUAAGCUACAAUCGACUAAAGAAAGACUUUCUGAAGCAUGUAAAUAUCUUUUUACUUGUCACCCAACAGUGGACCCCUGGAGUAGUGUCAGUGAGUGUGCAGUGUGGCAGUGAGGGUGGUGGUGUGUGUGUGUUCAGAGUUGGUAUGAAGGGGAUCCCAAAUUUACAAUCAAGUGACAAAUAGAAAAGUACACUAUACUGAUGAACAUUGGUUCUUUCUUUUUUCAAAAUUUUUUUAACGUUUAUUCAUUCUUGAGAGACAGAGCAUGAGUGGGGGAGGGGCAGAGAGAGAGAGGGAGACACAGAAUCUGAAGCAGGUUCCAGGCUCUGAGCUGUCAGCA